ACAGGGAGUGUUGUGAGAAUAUGUUAGGCGACCUGAGCAUAACAAGAGUCCUGCUGUUUAAUGCAGCAUUUCACUCCCAUCUGGGCCAGCCAGAGACUUCUGGGAGGUCACAGGCAGGACAUCAGCAGAACAGCACAUCCUGAUCCACCAGAUGACAUCCGUAAGAAGAGCCUUGCCGGUUCAAAAGGGGAUGGUUAUGACAACAUGGCUGGCUGAUACUCUACUUUGACUGGACCCCUGGGGAACUUUUUUGGCUUUUUUCUGUGAAGUACGAAGCUGAUUCCCAUGUCCUCCUCCCUUGCUCUAUCAAGUCUUUUGCAUUUUCUUUCUUACCAGAUAUGGGCUGUAGGAAAUUUCCUUUUACAUUGAGAAGAGAUUUAAUUCUUGAAGAACAUGGAAUUGGCUAAUGAGAGACUAAGAAAGGAGCUGGAGGAGGAGUUGAAACUUGGUACUGAACAGUUGUGCAGCCAUGCAUGGUACCAUGGUUGCCUGCCACGGAAGGAGGCAGAAUCCAUGUUGUGGAAUGAUGGAGAGUUCUUGAUCCGCGAUUCACGCUCUAGCCUGGGUGAUUAUGUCUUGUCAUGCCACUGGGGAGGACAGACUCUGCACUUCAAGAUAAUUCGUGUGGUACUCCGUCCCCGAAAGGGCUAUUCUCGCACCCUUUUCCAAUUUGAACAGGAGCAGUUUGACAAUGUACCUGCCCUGGUGCGUUUUUACGUGGGCAACCGGAAGGUCAUCUCAGAUAUUUCAGGAGCUGUGGUGUCUCGACCAGUCAACAGGAGUGUACCACUUCGCUGUCUGAAGGAGCGUUUCAGUGACACUGGCCAGCCUCCUGGCCCAUCGAAGGAGGAAGAAGCACCUCUUAGACGGUUCAGCUAUUGUCCUGCCGCUGCUGGAGAACAAAUACUAGACGGAAACUUGCUCCGGACAAAAGAUCGAAGUGGAAGUGACCCCAGUAGCCUAGAUCAGCUGGGCCAGAGACCUUCAUUGCACGGUGCCCAAUCAGACAGCAACCUAUUGACUGGAAGCCCAGAAACAUCACCUGGAGACCAGGACCGAACCCAACUCCCUCCUUUGUCUCCUGCCUUUCGCACAGGCAGUGACCCUGUUCUACGGCCAAGUGCCUCAGUAUCUCAUCUGCUGGAAGGUUUGGGACUGAGUGGUUCAGAAGGGCGGCUUCAUUCCAAGGCUCCCCCAAAGCCUCUGAGGGUCCCUUCCAUGCUGAUGAGUGACUACUGUGAACUGGUUCCUAAGGUUCCUCACGGCCCCCGAAGCCAUGUGGAGCGCCUGCAGACUGAAGAGAGAUGGCGUGGCCGGGCUCACAUUACAGAGACUACUUUUGGGUUCCUGGACUCUGUUGAAGCUCCUUUUCCUCCCCAGUCAGAGGAGACAGAAGUGGAACCAGGGUUUGAGCGCCCCCUGCUAGAGACCACUUCCUCCUUUCAGCUUCAGCACUUUAACUCAUUGCUUUUGACCCCUAACAACAAGCCCCUGGACCCUGGCACACUCAAGCACCUCAAGGACAUUUUUGCUACUCAUGACUGUCACACAACAGCCCUUCAUAUUUUAAAAAUGGAUUGCCAGGCGUUGAGGAUCAUUGGAGUAUCUAAAGAGCAGCAGCGGGCCAUGGGGGUGAGUUCGGGUCUGGAGCUUAUAACUCUGCCUCAAGGGCAUCAGUUUCGGAAGGACUUGCUGGAAAGGCACCAUCUUAUAGCUCUGGGCAUUGCUGUGGACAUCCUGGGCUGUACAGGGUCAGUGGCUGAACGGGCUGCCACCCUCCACAAGGUCAUCCAGCUAGCAGUGGAGCUGUGGAGGCCAGUUGGGGACCUCUUUGCCCUCUCUGCCGUGAUGAAAGCUCUUCAGCUGCCCCAGAUCACCCGGCUGGAGCAAACAUGGAGGCAUCUGCGCCAGAGCCACACUGCAAGCGCCAUCGUCUAUGAGAAGGAGCUCAAGCCUCUCUUGGGGAAUCUGAACAGGGCUGAAGGCUAUGGUCUGCGGCCUACAGGGAAUUCUGUCUUCUCCGCAAAGGAGGUAGCAGUUCCUCAUAUCCUGCCACUUCUCAGUCUCAUGGAAGGAGAGCAGCUAUGGGACGACAAUGAGGAGACGUGUGAUGUCCUCCUGCGGACAUUGGAAGCAGCUCGCUUUGUUGCCACCAACACUGGUGCUUAUCAGAUCAGGGCUGAGGCCAGACUUCAAGGAUUCCAGAGCACUCCAGAACUGCUGGAAAUAUUUCAGACGGAAUUCUCCCUUCGGUUAUUCUGGGGCAGUAAAGGAGCGCAGGCGGAACGGGGUGAACGAUACAAGAAAUUUGAACGGAUCUUGACUGUUCUUUCUCAGAAACUAGAGUGAGCUCAUGGGAGAAGUAUUCCCCCCACCCCCUGCCUGGCCAGCUGGAAUGCAAGGCAUGGGUGGCAAAGAUGAUUAGUAAGCAGUAAAGAGGAGAGUCACCCAGUGUCAGGAAAAGAUGUUGACUGGGCUGAAAUUUGAAGGCCUUCCAAGGAAUGAAUGAGCAGGAGGAACUCCUCUGUGGUAGACAUUCCUGCUAGAUCAACAGGGCCAGGGCUACGGAAAGCAGCAAUCUGGAAACAUUUUUAACCUAUGCAAAGGAGCCAGGCUGCAAUAAAGAAAGUAGCGGACGGUUUUUAAUCGGUAUGUGCUAUGAAAAUAACUUUGCUCUCUGCCUAUUCUUGCCCGAUUUAGAAAUUUCACAGCAUUGGUUUUCAGACCCCAAACCCAGAAAAUAACAGCUUCCAGGAUUGUUAUCUGCACCCAAAACUUUAAAUGCAUUCAUAUCCAAGUUAGAAGAGUCCAAGAAUCCAUCCUGAAUAGAAAAGCAACCUUCCUCAAUUGGAAUACUUUUCCUGUUUUUGUAGUUAUGUUUCCAUUAUGCAGAGCUGAAUUCUGCAGUUAAUAUUUUUCCUUUUUAAAGUAUGAUUCAUGUUUUACAUGGAAAGAAACUUGCACCUGUCUUUCAAGAAUUUUUCUUCUUCAACUGGAAUGGUACUUGAGAAAAGUACUUUAAUUGACAGAGGUUGCCUUAAGAAAGGUUUUCUCCCUUACCUAUACAAGAUUUUGAAAGCAGCUCAAGCAAGGAGAAAGCUUAUAUGUAUCCCUUUUAAUAUAAUAACAGGGCGGUUCAUAAAAGGUUUCUCCCAGCACCCAAAGUCAGUCACUACAGAAUUAGGCAUGACAAAGGAAAGACUUCAAACAGGAUUCAUGGUUGAAUCCUGCUUUCUCCCAUGAACCAGAGACAACCACCAACUUGGAUAAUUUUAAUGAAGAAUCAGGAGGUUACCCAUGGCUAGCCGCAUCAUAUCUUUUUUUUUUUUUUUUUUUGCUGAGGAACAUAACAAAAAAGUAUUGCUACAGUUGUGGAUCAUUCUACUUGGCCACAAUGGGAAGAGAAUACAAUGUUAGAUGAGUCUUUGGUCUGAUGCAGUGUAGUUCUUAGGUUUUUAUUUGUCCAGCAGACGCUAGCAGCUACUUCCAUAGUAAGGCAUUCCCCACCCCCUCCCAAUCCAAAUGGAUAGUACUCAGGCCCCUCUCCAGAUCUACGAACAACUUUUGCACAGAAGCAUUGCCUGGUUAAGCACAAGUGGAGGCGAGGGGAAUAUUCCCCAACUGAUCUACCAAUAGUGCUGGUCCAGUGUCGGACAACAAACCUGUUUUCUCCUUCCCCUCCCACACUUUGUGCUGUUCUAUGGAUAGGCAGCAGCGAGCAGGAACUGUUGGCUGCCUUGGCUUCCUGUGGCAUUUGCCUCCUGCUUUUUCCUCCAGCUCUCACUUUCGCUGUGGUGAACUUUGCACAACCGGAAAAAUAGAGGAUCACCCUUUAGCUCCCAAACAGUGAUGUAAAUGCUGCAGAUGUUAAAAGUCCACACUUGGAGGCCAGAGGGACAAAAAGGCAACUGCACAGGCAUCCACUAAUUAAUUUCCUCCGUAUUAUUUACAUAAAGUGUAAAAGGCACCCAGAAAUACAUUCUGCAUCUUGAGAGAGAAGGGAGGGGCAAGUUUUGUCCCCUUCCUUCCAAGGCUGGAGGGAUAAGAGCUGAGGCUACGUUACAGAUUAUGUGAACAUGUCAAACUGAAUGGUAAAAUAAAUUGGUCACUGUAUAAAACAA